CUGUACCCCAAAUCCAUGACUGGCAAAGAGGUCCCUUUGUGGGCAAGGGAGCAGAGCAAGGGACAAGAAGUGGCUCAGAGUGUGGGUGGCUUUAUCCUGGGCCUCGCCGUGGCUACAACCUAUGGGCUUCUGGGCCUGUUGGUGCAGGGGCACAGUCCUUGGACCUGCCUGGUGGGCACUCUCUCUCUAGCUAUCUUCUUGGGCCUAGGUAUGGGCUUUUCUCGUUCUGUUCGCAUGACUGUCCUGCUGCUGCUGCCUCAGGCCUUUUCUCGACAGGGCCGGACACUGCUGCUGAUUGCAGCCUUUGGGCUGGUUAUGCAGGGCCCCUGUGCCAACAUUAUCAGAAACUUCAGUAGGGCGAGUGAUUCUGUGGCUUGUGGGGCAGAGCUGGCCCUUAACCAGAGUGCGGAGGUGCUUCAGCGGGCCCGGCAGCCCCUAAUCAGUGCCCUGAAAAAGAUCAAGGCCAUUGCAGGGAAGGCCAAGGAGGUCGCUGACCGGAUCCGGAAAUUCUUCCGUUCUAUCAUGGAUGGCGUGAAGCACGUAGUCAGGGCCCUGCGAAAUGUGUGGUACUGGCUUUUGCACAUUGGCGAUGUGUGCAAUUCUGAGCUAGGCUCACCCUACUCAAAGUGUGCGAAGAUCUUUGACGAUGCAAAGGAUCGCUGCAUGAAGGCAGUGCCCCUGUUCUACCACCUCUGCUAUAUCCUCAUGCCUUUCAAGCUGCUACUCUGUGGUCUGGCCACUGUGGCCCAGCUGUUCUGUGUCAUCCCCCGCUAUCUACAGCCAUUCUUGCGGGCCACCAUUGGCACCCCGGUGAUUCAAUUGAUUAACCGUGUGCGUAGGGAGUUUGAGUUCAACGUCACAACCUCCCAUCACUUCAAAGUGAAUCUCAACUCUUCCCGAAGCCUGUCUCAGGUGGCCUUUGACCUUCGAGAGGCUGUCAACCUGAGGCUACAUCCCAUCAGGGAGACCCUGGCCCUGCUUGGCCACACCACUCCGCUACUGUUAAUUUUCCUCUACCUCCAAGCCCUCUUCUACCGCUACCGUUACCUGACUCAGGACAACUUUGACAACAUCUACAUAACCAACCGCUUUAUGCGUAUGGAUGCCAUCCGGAUCCAGGCUGGUCUGCCUUCAGUCUUGCCCCUGAGCCUCAGGGAAUGCACCCGAUAUAUCCGGCCAGGUUCCCUAUACCUGUCCCGGAUGGAGCGGAUGCAUUACACCUUGGCGACCUUCACCCUAAUCCGACAUCUGCUGGUGGUGUUGCUGCUAGUGGUACUGGACUAUGCUAUCUUCUGGCUGCUGGACCUGGCUCGCUAUUGGCUGCAGGGGGAGAUCGUGACUCGGAACCCUGUGUUGGUGUCAGUUACUGUAGAGGGGACAGGCUACGUGGGACAGAUCUACCGUGACCUGGUAUCAGUGUUUGACAUCCUACAGAAGGGAAAUAUCACCAUCCUAUCCCGGCGCUGCCUUCUCCGUACAUCAGAACCCAACUACAAAAGCUAUAUACUCAUUGGCCUCAUGUACGGCCUGUGUUUCUUUGUUACCCUCUUUGGCUCUUACGUUGGACGGAUGAGUCGGGUCAUCUGUGCUUCCUACUACCCAUCCCGGGAGCAGGAACGGAUCUCUUUCCUGUACAACAAUCUGCUGACCCGCCGAUCCAACGUGGCCACUUCUCUGGUUGGUGCUGUGAGGCGUCGGGCAGCAGACCAGGGCCACACCAACAUUCUCCUUGUGCUUGCUGCCAAGUGGCCCCGCCUGGUACCACUGAUCAAUCUCCUGGGAAUCCAUCAGACCUACUGCCUGGGCUGUGGUAGGCCUCAGAAUGAACAUGAGAUGCAAGACUUUGUGCCCUGCAGCACCCCAGGUUGCAGAGGCCUCUUCUGCAGGACCUGCUUCAGACUCCUGAAUAACACGUGCUCAGUGUGUGCAGCGCCCCUGACUCCCCAGGGAGACCUGGAUCUAGAGUUGGACUCCAGUGAUGAUGAGCACCCCCGCCUGUGGCUGGCUUCAACCAAAAGACUGAGCAAGGAGAAGCAAAGGUGGCUUAAGAAAAAGCUGAAGGCAGUCCUGGGGAAGGCCAGGUUCAAGAAGCUAUCCCUUCUCUAUAAUCUAGAUCGAACCUGUAGCUCAAGCAAUGAAACAGAUUCUGACUGUAACAAGCAGCAGGAGAAUGAGGAUGGGGUCAGUGGUGAGGAAGCUGAAGACAAGGACGAGAAUGAAGAUGAACCCAAUUCUUUCCCACAGCCUACCUCCACUCAAUCUCCCAUCUGUAUCACCAUCCCCCCUCCUCCCCCCCUCCCCCAGAAAUAG